AAUACAGAUUAAUUUAAAUAAUACGCCUGCAUCAACUUCAUUAAGAUCCAGCUUAAGUGCACCUUAUCCAACUUCUAUAUUAAUGAGUUCGCAAGAAGACUAUCCGCUUAAAUCUACAAAAUCUUCGAAUGCAAAACGUCUUACUUUCUCUUCAUUCACAACUGAUAAUAAUUAUAUAAUUGAACCUGUUAGACUUAGGAGUUCAACACUGUAUGUUACGUUAAGAUAUAGUGACUUGAUCAAAUCACAAGAACAAGAUGAAAAAGAAGAAUCAUUAGCGGAAGUGACUCUGAAUCCUGAUAAACGUCGAGAUUGGAUGGAAAAGCAUAAUAAUGAUAAUAGUGUGAAUUAUAAUGAUAAUAGUGUGAAUUAUCAUGAUAAUAGUGUGAAUUAUAAUGAUAAUAGUGUGAAUUAUAAUGAUAAUAGUGUGAAUUAUCAUGAUAAUAGUGUGAAUUAUAAUGAUAAUAGUGUGAAUUAUAAUGAUAAUAGUGUGAAUUAUAAUGAUAAUAGGGUGAAUUAUAAUGAUAAUAGGGUGAAUUAUAAUGAGACAAAAGUAACAAUACCUCCACAAAAUGUCGACGAUGUAUCAAAUAAUGAAGAAAAUGAAGAAGAUAAUACCUCAAAAGUACAAUCAAAUUAUAAUCAAUCCAAUUAUAAUCAGUUAAAUUAUAUACAAUCCAGUUAUAAUCAUCAUUCCAGUUAUAAUAAUCACUCCAGUUAUAAUCAUCAUUCUAGUUAUAAUCAUCAUUCCAGUUAUACUCAAUUCGAUCAGUACGAUUAUAGUCAGUACGAUUAA